AUGGCUUCAGAAACGGGAAACGCUGCCUCAAAGAAAGACCUUCACAACUCACAACAUGUGGAGGCACCCACAAAUGCCGACCUUGAAGCCGUGGCUAACAACCAGGAUGACAGAAUAACCCUACAAUAUGUAUGGGAGAAUAAGAGAGUCCUCGCAUGGUGCCUUUUCAUCUUCCUUCUGCCGGUGAACUUUGGCUACGAGGCCAGCACCGUAGGCAACCUGCUGGCCGUGACACCCUUCCUGGAGGAGUUCGGCCAGCAGGUGAACGGCGAAUGGGUCGUUAGUGCGCGAGACCAACAGAUUCUCAACGCUGCGACGACAAUCGGCUUGUUUGUUUCCGCAUUUGCCACGGGUUUCAUUUCAGACAGGCUCGGACGCAAGAAGACCAUCAUCGGCGCCUGCAUCCUCUGUGUCGCCGGUGUUAUUGCACAAUACUUUAGCAAGUCCAUCAUGCAGAUAUUUGGUGGCAAGAUCGUGGCAUGCUUCGGGUUCGGACUGGGCCAUUCUCUCGGCCCUGUGUUUGUGGCAGAACUUGCGCCUGUCAAGAUGCGUGGAACCUGCUUGGCUCUGGUGAACACCAUGAUCGUGAUAGGCCAGUGGCUCAACUCUCUUGCUGUUCUGGCCAGCGACAAGACUCAUACGAACGAUCUCGCGUGGCGCAUUCCAAUCAUCACGCAGAUCAUCCCCCCGGGGCUGCUACUCUUGGGUCUGCCCUUCCUGCCAGAGUCUCCUUCCUGGCUCAUCAUGCAUGGCAAGCACGAUGAGGCAGCCAAUUCUUUUCGUAAAUUUAACGGACCAAGUUUCGAUGUCGAUACGGCAAUGGCAGUUUUGACUGUGGCCGUUGCCAAGGAGCAGGAGAUCUCGAAGGAGUCUGGCACUUGGCUCCAAUGCUUCAAGGGUUCUGACGGCCGCAGAACACAUAUAAUUUGCAUGGUCUUUGUGUCGCAACAAUUCAUUGGUGUAAACUUCAUCUCUGGGUAUCUCACGUACUAUUUCCGUCUUGCUGGUGUCCAGAACCCUAUUGGUAUUGCUCAGGCGGCUUUUGCCGUACAGCUCUUUGGAAACAUCUGCUCAUGGCCACUGAUUGACCGCCUCGGUCGCCGUCCUAUGAUUGUCGGUGGCUGUUUUGUCAUGACGGCUGCGCUCCUUGUGAUUGGAGGAAUCGGUACACUAGAGAACAACCAGAAGGCACUGAUGGCUACAGUCAGUCUGAUGACAAUCUGGGGUUUCUUGUAUCAAAUGACGCUUGGCGCCACCAGUUACUCGGUCGGAGGAGAGACGCCGAGCAACCAGCUUCGCCAGAAAACCUACAGCAUCAACAUCAUGUCCGCGACGGCUGUGUCAUGCAUGACGCUCCAAGUGAUGCCAUACCUCCUCAACCCGGACCAGGCGAACCUCGGCGCUAAGAUCUGUUUCGUUUUCUUCGGCCUCUCAGUACCCAUGUGCGCAUACCUAUACUUCUGCCUACCGGAGAUGAAGGGACGCAACUAUCUCGAACUGCAGGAGAUGUUCCAAAAGGGCAUUCCUGCACGCCAGUUCAAGACAUACCAGUGCGAAUGCACGCUUGAUACCGCGCAGGCCAAAAUUGUCGACCGAGAGGAGUGA